ACAGAAGUACGUGGCGUGUUUGAAUUCAUGGACAGAGUGGUAACCUCCGCCGCAUGAAGUACAUCCAUGUAAUAUGAAGGAGUUUAAGAUUUACGUGGGGCUGUCCGAAGACAACAUGACCGAGGUCUUGCACAGCGGGCUCAAGAACGACCCGGCACCAGAGACUUUCUACGUUCGUAGCGUGAACCAGGCAGGACUGGCUUUCCCCACGCGUUACAUAAAGAUAGAACCUCUGUCUGCACACGGUCAGAGCUUUCACAUCUCUAUCUGGUACGUCGCCCUCAACGGCAUCGUCGAUGAGCGCUACGUCUCAGAAGUGGGAGCGAAACACGAAGAGUUCCAAGAGACUAUUGUGCUGCGGCAUGUGCUGAAACAUCUGCGACAACGACGAUUCUUAGGGCCAUUCCAGUCAGUUCUGGAUCGCUCUGGCCUCCAGUUGGAGCAUCCUCUCAUCACUGACCUCCAUACCUCUCUCGUUAUCAACGGCGACUAUACUGGAUGCGAAGCGCUUCUCGCAUCUGUUGCCUCUGCGGGACUCUUUACUACUUCGCUGCUUUCUGAACAGCCUCACGCCCUGUGGACUCGCCUGAACGCUGUUGAUCCGGACGGCGAUGCACCGAGCGCACGCAGCGGGCAUGCGAUGUGCAUAGACCAAGAGAACGGGCAGAUAUACCUAUUCGGCGGCUGGGACGGCCAGAAGAACCUAGACGACUUCUGGGUCUUCAACGUCCAGGCGGAAGCGUGGAAGAUCAUUAGCUACGCAACUCAGCGAGAUGUCAAUGGACCCGGCCCGCGAUCUUGUCACAAGAUGGUUUUCGAUACUGCGACAGGUGACAUUUACGUCUUUGGACGGCUGGACGAGGGCACUUCAGGAGACAUUGGGGAGAUACCAGCUACCAGUGUGCACUCGAGUGGGUUUGAUGCUCCAGUUACUUCGCCUGUCAGCCCUCGGCAGUCACCCCCUGGACCUCUCAGUAGCUCGCGCUCGUCUGUCUGGUCGAGUCGCGGUGCGCAAUUUUAUCGAUAUCAUACGAGAGGACGUGACGCGGGGAAAUGGGAAUUAUUUUUCAGGGAUACCUCGGCAGCCGGUGGGCCCCCUCUUGUUUUCGACCACCAGAUGACGAUAGACUCUGGAGCGCAAGUCAUCUAUGUUUCAGGCGGCAGGGUUGUGGAUGGCGACUGGGAUUCUUUGAAAUUCUCUGGUCUCUACAGCUACGAUAUCAGGAAGAACAAGUGGAAAAUGUGCCAGUACGAGCUGUUCUCCGGUUUGCCCUUACCGUGA